AUCUAUCUGUACCGGAUUAUCCUAAUCGCGUUUACUAAACUCCGCUAAAAUCUCUUGUAUUCCCACAAAAUUUCCCCAAAAUUUUUUACUAAAACUUUUUUCUCAAGAUAGAAAAAACUAUAUAUCCUUUUGGUUUGCAAAGGUUUUACUAGGUUAUUUGCCCCCCUCUUCUAGAACGCAUCCAGAAUUCGUGGACUCUGCGACCCAACUCACACGGCGAAGCACACAGAAUUUUUUUUCCCAAAUCCAUUUAUUUUCCUCUCUUCUCUCUCUCGAAUCGAAUCGAAUCGCCUCGCCUCCUUUGUUGAAUUGAAUCCAAGCUCGAUUCGCCGCCGCCGCACGCCGCCAUGGGCAACUGCUGCGGCACGCCGGCGACGGCGGAGGAGGGCGGGAAGAGGAGGAGGAGGGGGAAGCAGAAGAAGGCGAACCCCUUCACCGUCGCGUACAACCGCGCGCCGUCGUCGGCGGGGGCGGCGGCGGGGAGGCCCGGGCUGAUGGUGCUGCGGGACCCGACGGGGCGGGACCUCGGCGCGCGGUACGAGCUCGGCGGCGAGCUGGGGCGCGGCGAGUUCGGGAUCACGUACCUGUGCACGGAGGCGGAGACGGGGGACAGGUACGCGUGCAAGUCGAUAUCGAAGCGGAAGCUGCGGACGCCGGUGGACGUGGAGGACGUGCGGCGCGAGGUGGAGAUCAUGCGCCACAUGCCGUCGCAUCCGAACAUCGUCAGCCUCCGCGCCGCCUACGAGGACGAGGACAACGUGCACCUCGUCAUGGAGCUCUGCGAGGGCGGCGAGCUCUUCGACAGGAUCGUCGCGCGGGGCCACUACACCGAGCGCGCCGCCGCCGCCGUCACGCGCACCAUCGUCGAGGUGGUUCAGAUGUGCCACAGGCAUGGUGUCAUGCACCGCGACCUUAAACCAGAAAACUUCCUAUAUGCUAACAAGAAGGAUAGUUCUCCUCUGAAGGCAAUUGAUUUUGGGCUAUCUGUGUUCUUCAGGCCUGGUGAGCGGUUCACUGAAAUUGUAGGCAGUCCAUAUUACAUGGCUCCAGAGGUUUUAAAGCGACACUAUGGCCCUGAAGUUGAUGUCUGGAGUGCAGGAGUGAUACUUUACAUACUUCUUUGCGGUGUACCACCAUUUUGGGCAGAAACCGAGCAGGGAGUAGCGCAGGCAAUUAUACGCUCUGUGGUAGAUUUCAAAAGAGAACCAUGGCCCAGGGUAUCUGAGCCAGCUAAAGAUCUUGUUAAGCGGAUGUUGGACCCAAAUCCCAUGACAAGGCUUACUGCAGAACAAGUACUUGAACAUCCAUGGUUACAUGAUUCUAAAAAGAUGCCUGACAUUCCUCUUGGUGAUGCUGUCCGAGCUAGACUGCAGCAAUUUGCUGCGAUGAACAAGUUAAAGAAGAAAGCCCUUAAGGUCAUUGCUGAGCAUUUGUCUGCAGAGGAAGCAGCUGACAUAAAGGACAUGUUUGAUAAAAUGGAUGUGAGCAAGAAUGGCCAGCUGACCUUUGAGGAUUUCAAGGCUGGCAUACGUAAACUUGGGAAUCAGAUGCCUGAUUCAGAUCUUAAGAUAUUGAUGGAUGCUGCUGAUAUUGACAAAAAUGGGAUCCUGGACUAUCAAGAAUUUGUUGCUGUGUCUAUCCAUGUGAGGAAAAUAGGCAAUGAUGAACAUAUCCAGAAGGCUUUCUCAUAUUUUGACCAAAAUAAGAGUGGUUACAUAGAAAUUGAAGAGCUUAGAGAGGCCUUGGUUGAUGAAAUAGAUGGCAAUGAUGAAGACAUUAUUAAUAGCAUCAUCCGUGAUGUAGAUACAGACAAGGAUGGGAAAAUAAGCUACGACGAGUUUGCCGUCAUGAUGAAGGCCGGCACUGACUGGAGGAAGGCAUCUAGGCAGUACUCAAGACAAAGGUUCAGUAACCUCAGUCUGAAGCUUCAAAAGGACGGAUCCAUCAGUGACGACACGCAAUAGACUGGACAGAGAAAAAAACUACGCUUACGUUUUUUCUUUGCUGUGUGCUGGCUGUUACAUUAUUUUUUCACACAGUAACUUAGUGGCUUUGUAUAGAUAGCAUUUGUGGUUUUGUGCUUACCAGCAGCGAUUAUAUUUGUCAGUCAGGCGGCAGAUAUGUAUGUACCCAAAAGAGGGCGGGAUGGGGAAGCAGAUGGUGUGCUUACAGUUUACUAGACCAGAAUUAUUGGUACAAUUGUUUGUAGUUUUGUACGUACCAUAAUACAAGCGGCGUGAAAUUCUCAACUCGUUCAUCCUGUUGUCAUCCAGUGUAUCUGAAUCUGAAA